AUGAGUAAUAACGGCCGUACUGUUCCUAUCUAUAUAUCUCUCUAUCUUAAUUUGUUCUUUUCUUUCUAUCUUCAUCUGUUCCUAUCUAUCUAUCUUCAUCUGUUCCUAUCUAUCUAUCUUCAUCUGUUCCUAUCUAUCUUUAUCUGUUCCUAUCUUUCUAUCUUCAUCUGUUCCUAUCUUUCUAUCUUCAUCUGUUCCUAUCUUUCUAUCUUCAUCUGUUCCUAUCUUUCUAUCUCCAUCUGUUCCUAUCUAUCUAUCUUCAUCUGUUCCUAUCUAUCUAUCUUCAUCUGUUCCUAUCUAUCUUUAUCUGUUCCUAUCUUUCUAUCUUUAUCUGUCCCUAUCUAUCUAUCUUCAUCUGUUCCUAUCUAUCUUCAUCUGUUCCUAUCUAUCUUUAUCUGUUCCUAUCUUUCUAUCUUCAUCUGUUCCUAUCUUUCUAUCUUCAUCUGUUCCUAUCUUUCUAUCUCCAUCUGUUCCUAUCUAUCUAUCUUCAUCUGUUCCUAUCUAUCUUUAUCUGUUCCUAUCUUUCUAUCUUCAUCUGUUCCUAUCUAUCUAUCUUCAUCUGUUCCUAUCUAUCUUCAUCUGUUCCUAUCUUUCUAUCUUCAUCUGUUCCUAUCUUUCUAUCUUCAUCUUUCCCUAUCUGUUCUUCAUCUGUUCUUUUUCUAUCUUCAUCUGUUCCUAUCUAUCUAUCUUCAUCUGUUCCUAUCUAUCUAUCUCCAUCUGUUCCUAUCUAUCUAUCUCCAUCUGUUCCUAUCUAUCUAUCUCCAUCUGUUCCUAUCUAUCUAUCUCCAUCUGUUCCUAUCUAUCUUCAUCUGUUCCUAUCUAUCUAUCUAUCUAUCUAUAUUCAUCUGUUCCUAUCUAUCUAUCUAUCUAUCUAUCUUCAUCUGUUCCUAUCUAUCUAUUUAUCUAUCUUCAUCUGUUCCUAUCUAUCUAUCUAUCUAUCUUCAUCUGUUCCUAUCUAUCUAUCUAUCUAUCUCUCUUCAUCUGUUCCUAUCUCUCUUCAUCUGUUCCUAUCUCUCUUCAUCUGUUCCUAUCUCUCUUCAUCUGUUCCUAUCUAUCUAUCUAUCUUUCUUAGUCUGUCCCUAUCUAUCUAUCUAUCUAUCUAUCUAUCUUUCUUAG